AUGUGAUAACACAUUGAACACUGAUCUCUUGGUUCAUAGACUGUUUCUUUGGCUUUUUGCUGUAAUGUCCAGCUACCUCGCAUAUUGUAAAAAUGGAUCGUCUUAUUGAGCCUCAACGCCAUGUCCAAGAAUGGUUAAGUGAAUAACUGUCACUAAAGAGUAGUCAUUUCGUAGACAAUUACUCCGGAUCUAAGGAGUAUGUCACUUUCAACAAUAUUGGAACUCCCACGGAGGUCGUCAUUGUCAGACUGAAUCCUCCCGAUCUUCAAUGUCCGAAGGGCAUGCGUGCUGAUCUCUUCCUUAGCUACAGUGCUGAUGAUUUGUUGGUACGGUGUCGCACGUGUGUACAUAUCUGUGUGUGACCAAAUUCCUUAACCUCGUCAAGUCAACGUCGCGUCAAAAAAAAAUUGACCCAAAGGGGAUGACCGACGGUCCUUCCGCAUUUGCACAAGGGCCGAGAUUUGUGACAUCAUGGACUGAAAAUUUUCCUUACAAAACCAAGUCUUGAGCAGCUUUGCAGUGUCAAAGAUGUCGGCCAUGUGGUUAGUCAGGCCAGGCAGGUUCGAUUGGAGGAAAUGAUUUGGAAAUUGGAGGGGAAAGGGGAAGAGGUAAGAUACUCGAGUGAUGCGGUGCAGGAGAAAGCGAAGUGAGAAGAAGGAAAGAAUUGGUGAUAGUUACUGGUGAAGAGAUCAACCACCUCCCUCCAUCCAAGCCGCAAAGCAAUAGUUCUCACAAGCACAAACGGACCGCCGACAACACCAUGGACAAAUCAACACCAAAAGCAACCCCUCCGAGCAAUUGCACAAGGCAGUAUACUCGAUGGGGCCACAGUUAGAAACCGUGGUACCCCCCGGAUGUCUUUGCAGACACCGAGUAUUAUGAAGAGGUGAUUGAUUGUAACCAGGGACAUCAUGACAUCAAACAUGAGCUCACAACACUCACGCCCUUUGUUCAGUCCACCAGCGGGAUGGUUGUGUGUGUGGGUAUUUGACGACCAGGGACUUCAUACUCUGCCAAUAGACCACCCAUCUGGAUUGACAUUUCUGCUCUCGCCCCCAGCCGGAGAACUGUUACGCCGGCGUAAGGAAACAAUUGUCAAUGAGAUGCGCUUCGUCACAACAGAACUAACACCAACAGCCAAGCCAAUGGACAAGCCAUUCAGACCUGAACCCCAUCGGUCAGUGCAAGCAAGGCACCAAUCACACAACGGAGCCGCAGCCCCUGCCACCGCCACCCUCCAACCCCCCUCCUCACACCCAAACCACUACCCCUUCACUGCAGAUGGCAGGCGGCCGCGGAUCUUCCUUCACUUGCUGUUGGAGCCCUCAGAGACAACCAAUCGUUGUUCCCUAAAGCGGUACUGAUCCGAAUGGCACUCCUAUCGAAACUCCAAGCAACGAAGCAAAGGAAACGCCGAUAUCAUCAACUCAGUCAUCCAACCUGCGAACCCACGCGAUGCGAUAGGCCUUGGGAUCUUCAAUGUAGUCGGCGAAUGUACAGACCUUGGCGGGGUCCUUGGGAUCCCGCUUCUUCGGAAAGUACACCGCGACUAGAUUGUUGAUGCCAGGGUCUUCGGCAUCGCGCAUGUUGGCAGGAUAUUGAGAGAGUUUCAAUCGAGCAUCCUGCCACUGCUUGAUCUGCUCAGGUGGUAGGCGCAAACGCCUAGGCGCAGGAUUCCUCGAUCCCAAUGAAGGGGGAGGGCUCCUGGGGGCCUUGACCUUUGCACGGAUUGGGUCUGAUUUGGAAAGUUGAAAGGUUUGAGUGACUGGGACUGGGCGAGGAGCCUGCGCAGUCUCAUCGACAAUGUUCUUACUAAAGAAGCAACCCAUGGUGAAGAAUUGAAAGUAGUCGAGUAGUUUCUUUUGGCUUAGUGUAACACUGUUCUGAGGAAAGAAAAAAAAAGAAGAGAGGAAGGAUUGGAAGGGGGGGUCUCCCUUUUGUGGUUUCUGGGGUGGAGAAAUGUGAGUGAAUUGAGGGGAUUUGCGUGAAGUAUAACUUGGGCAAAAGUCUGUGAUUGAGGUCCAUCUACAUAUUGUGGAUGUGUAGCCUGGAGGGGGGAGGAGGGAUGAUCGUACACCAGUGCGUGAGUAUACUGACUUUGGAACCGUGGUGGCAUGCAGGGCGAUAGAUCUCACGCAGACCCACCCCCGGCGUCACGCACGAAGCUUACCCAAAGGUACCAUGCGUAUAUCACAGAAGUUACCCUCCGAAUCUGUCCGUGUCAUAUUCUUGGUAUCAAUACCCCGGUGUAGGUGUUUCUACUUGGUAACCGACAAAUACACAAGAGACAUACUUACUUACCCUGGAUGACAUUGAGAAUGACGAGCACCGAGAAACCAACAAGGGGGCAAGUGACGACGACUAAACUCCUAGGUGGAUAGUUACUCAGUCGUGUGCCUCUCGCAAAAGGACAGCCUUGUGGGUAAUACAGUGGUGGGUGUGCGUGAUACCUAUCGCCCCGGUGUCGUGUAGAAUAUACUUUCCCGAUAUGGAGUCAUGUCGGGGUGCAGAUCUAUUUCUGCAAGGGAAAAUGAACCAAUCAUAGUACGCCAGAUGUACUACCUGCGUUGCUGGAAAUGUCUAUGGGGUUUUUCUUCCUGUCGAAACAAAAUUCUAAUUUGGGGGAUAUACAAAUUGACAUGGAAAAGUCUGUCUGGUACAGUGGAUUACAUCAAAACAGGCAGCAGCAGUUACAAGCAACUCAUGUGUCCGUUUCCAGAGUGGGAAGAAAGAGGGAAUUUGAGAAAGAGGAACGAAAAGAGAAGAGACAGUUAUGGCUAUAACUAUACAAAAUACCUAUCAUACGCAUUGGUCUUGACAUUGGCACUGAAAUUGUACAGACAGUAAGUAGAUACUGUUAUCAGAGUGAAGAGGCUUGUGUUUUGGCGGCAAAUGUGAAACCGUUGAAAAGAGUGGUUUCGACGACAAACCUCUCUCGAGGAUCUACAAAGACCAGUUUCCAAGAUCUACAAAAUCUCUCACGAUUCCAACGAUCUAUUGAUUUUUCAAAUCUGGUUUCCUAGGAUUUACAAUCUCUCACAGAUCUCUACGGAUCCAUUGAUCUACAAGAGGAUCACCAAAAAACAGUCAGUACUCCGUACCAAAAGUUUGUUGGAGGUUCGAAACGAAGAACCCACCAGGCUAUUUGGAACGGCUGCCUGUUCGCGAGGUCAAAAUGCUCAAGUCAAGCAUUUAGAAAAGGGGCCGUGUAAAGAAACUAUUUGGGGAAAACGGAUGGCUCAGAGGCUAGGAUAAAUGGAGUCUAAAUGCUUGAGGAUGGACACUAAUGGCGGCGUUUCCAAAAGAGAGAGGAAUUAUUGAGGCGACGAGUGUGAGGGAAGAUUGAGGGGAGAGCACUGGGUGCAGAGGAGGAGGAGGAGACUGUGUGUGUGUGUGUGUGUGUGUGAGUGUGUCUGUGUAAAGGAUUCAGGAAUUCGGGGGUUUAUGAGAGACGCAACGUAAAGAAAUGACAUGGUUUACUGGACACGAAUGAGUUGAAGCCAUAUUGAUCUGGUCAAGCUCCUUUCGAGGCAUGAAAAGCGAAACAACGAUGAGGACAAAUGAAACUCAAGAAAUCACCGAAUACAAUCAUUUGCUCAGUAGAUACCAAGAGCAAGAAUGAAAUAGCAUGACUAGAUAGUUAAAUCUGAUCCAACUU